AAGGUUCUCCUUGAGGAGUUGACUCGUAGACUGCGAUGUUUGUUUGUCUGAUAUAACGAGACGAGCAGCGUGUCUAUUCGAUCGUUUCUCUAGCUUUGAUCUUGUUGGUGUUUAUCUAAUUAUGGCCGCUUCUUCAUCUUCAUCUUCUUCUGGUGGUCAUCGGAAGUAUGAUGUCUUCCUCAGUUUUAGAGGACCAGACACCCGCCAGGUCUUCGUUGGCCAUCUGUACAGAGCUCUGCAAAAGAAAGCAAUCGACACCUUCAUCGAUAUAAUAGAUCCCGGAAAAGGCUCCAUUAUUUACAAGUUACUGAACUUAAUUGACGAAUCGAGGAUUUCGGUUGUAGUUUUAUCUGAAAACUAUGCCUUUUCCACAUCGUGCUUAAAAGAGCUCGUCAAAAUCAUGGAAUGCAUGGAUAAGAAGAAGCAGAUUGUGGUGCCCAUUUUCUAUAAAGUAGAUCCCUUCGAUAUUCGAUAUUUGAAGAACAGCUUUGCGAAAGCUUUUGCCAGACAUGAACAUAUGGGUCGUUCUAGCAAUAAAGAGUUGGAGACCUGGAAAACUGCACUAAAAAGAAUCACGGAUCUAUCUGGCUGGGACUCGCGAAAGUAUGAGGAUGACGCAGUUCUUGUUGAAGUCAUUGUGAAAUUUGUGUGUAGUAAACUACAACCUGUUGUGGAAAUUGAAGCAACAAGACAAGCCACUAUUGAAAUUGAGCCUACAAUGUCGGAGUCAAAUGAAGACUUUGAAGUAGUUAAAGUAAUAAGACGAGCUCCAACUGAAAUUGAGCCUACAAUGCCAAAGUUGACUGAAGAUUUUGAAGGAGUUGAAUCAACAACACAAGCUACCAAUGGAAACUCUGAACCAGCUCCUCAGUGGAACCAUGAUGUGUUUUUGAGCUUUAGGGGUGAUGACACUCGUAAGGGUUUUCUAUCCCAUUUAUACCAUGAAUUGCAAAACACGAAAGUUAUUAGAACAUUUAAGGAUGAUGAACAACUUAAGAAAGGGAAGGAUAUUUCUCAAAGUCUGCUGAGGGCAAUUGAAGAAUCAAGGUUUGCGAUAGUUGUUCUAUCAGAAAACUAUGCUUUUUCUGCAUGGUGUUUAGAUGAACUUACAAAGAUUUUUCAAUGCAUGGAAGGCAAGGAUACAAUUCUGCCAAUUUUUUAUCAUGCGGAUCCCUCUGAUGUACGAUAUCAAAAGGGUCAAUUUGAAGUGGCCUUUACAAAGCAUGAAAGCAAGGCAAGGUAUGACAUAGAGAAGGUGAAGCAGUGGAGAGCUGAUUUAACAAAAGUGGGAAAUCUCUCUGGGUGGGAUUCAAAGAACCACAAAUCCGAAAGGGAACUCGUUGAAGACAUUGUGAAAUUUGUGCUGAAAGAAGUACUUCAAGCACCAAGUGGAGAUUUUGAAGAAUUUGAAGCAACAAGAGAAGCCAUGGAUGAGGUUAAGAAGAUGCUGAAAGAUGAUAAGAUCACCGCCAUUGGUGUCUAUGGAAGAGGAGGCGUUGGCAAGACAGCCAUGGUGAAACAUGUCGGUGCACAAGCCAAAAGAAUUGGGCUUUUUGAUCAUGUUGUUAUGGCUGUUAUAUCCCAAAAUCCUGAUUUGCAAAAAAUUCAAGGCGCAUUGGUAAAUCAGCUUGGAUUGGAAUUGGUGGAGGAUGAAGAAAUAGAAAUAGCCAGUAGAUUGAAGGAAAGGAUCAUGGGAGGAAAGAGGAUCCUUAUUAUCUUGGACGACAUUUGGGAGAUAAUAGAUUUGUCCAGCAUUGGAAUUCCUAGCUAUGACGAGCUUCAAAGAUGCAAUUCCAAGGUCCUACUCACCACAAGGAUCAUGGAUAUUUGUCAUUCUAUGGAGUGCCAAGCACAUGUUCUUCUCAAUAUCCUAUCAGAGCAAGAUUCUUUGAAGUUAUUCAUGAAGAAGUCGAGAAAGCCUUUUCAUGGAUCUACCGAUUCCUAUGAUGAAGAGAGGAACGUAGUUAGAAAAUGCUCUGGUCUCCCAAGUGUAUUGGAAGAAGCUGCAAGGGAAUUUGGACAUAAAUACGUGGAAGAAUGGAACAAAGCAGUUUCAAAGGCAUUUGGAGAUGAUGAUGAUGAAUUGCAAAAAGCAGCUCAAGAACUAAAUGCAUCUCAACUUGUCCCCACUAAAGAUGAGAGAGAUACAUUUAAAAGGAUAGAGUUAAGCUAUCAUGCCUUGAGGUUUGAAGAUGCCAAGUCAUUUUUCUUGCUUUGCUGCAUGUUUCCAGAAGAUUAUGAUAUCCCAAUUGAAGAUUUGUUUAAGUAUGGGAUUGGAAAAGGUUUGCUUCAGUAUUCAGACACAUUGCAAGAAGCCAGAGACAAAGCACAUUCCUUGGUUGCAGACCUUAAAGCUUUGGGGUUGCUUCUGGAUGGCAAGAAGGGAUGCAUUAGGAUGCAUUUUGACAUCCAAAAUGUGGCCAUGUCUAUUGCGUUGUCUGAAGGUCAUGCUUUUUUUGUAAAAGCUGGUUGUGAAUUGAAGGAUUGGCCAAUGGAUGCUCAUGAAGUCUACUCAGCAAUCUCACUAAUGAGGAACAGACUUAACAAGCUUCCUGAAACUUUGGUAUGUUCUGAACUCCAAAUUUUACUGCUGCAAAGUAAUGCUGGUAUAUGUGACAUUCCAAAAACUUUUUUUCAAAGUCCAAAUGCACUAAGGGUCUUUGAUCUUAGCUAUACUGGUAUUUCAGUACUGCCCUCUUCAUUCAAUGUCCUCACCAACCUCCAAGCCUUGUUUUUGGAUUGUUGCAAUAAAAUAACUGACAUAUCCGUACUUAGGAAGCUGAAGAAAGUUGAGAUUCUCAGUUUGAGAGAAUUCCCUCUUAAGGAGUUGCCGAAAGAGAUAGGAAGUUUGAACAGUCUAAGGAUGCUGGAUGUCACUGGUGGAUGUGUUCACAAAAUUCCGUCUAAAGUGAUAUCGAGGCUGUAUAGACUGGAAGAACUGUACAUGAAAUGUGAAUUUGGGAACUGGGGAAGUACAGUCGAGGAAGCAGUAGGACAAACAAUUGCCGGCUUUGAUGAGAUAAUUGGCUUGUCCCGGUUAAACAUUUUGAAGGUUUACAUAUCUGAUGCAGCUUGCUUACCCAAAGAUAUUGGGUUCUUUGGGCCGAAUUGGGUAAAAUUUGACAUAUGCAUCAGCAGAGAUCUCUCUCCGGAGAUGAUGCUUUCUCCGAAUGAUCAACCUUCAAGAACCUUGACUCUUGACAGAACAAUUAAUGGCUUAUCGGAUUGGUUUAUCAACGUGGUGACGGAGAAAGCAGAAAAACUAGAGUACAGAGAGUGCAAGGGAUUAACCAACAUUCUUAAGGAAUAUGAGCAUGGGAGAUUACAUGGACUCAAGCAUCUUUCUAUAAUUGGGUGCCCUGAGAACUGGGAAGAGUUGAUAAAUGCAGCAACAUGGGAUCCAAGUAAACCUGUGUUUGAGAGCUUGGAAAAGUUGCAUCCCCUUCAACUGCAACUCCUCAAGGAGUUAUGUGUUGGUGAAUUACCACUUGGGUCUCUAUGCAAUCUCAAGUUAUUGAAAGUGCAAACUUGUUGUAACUUGAUGAAUGCACUUUUACCACCAAAAUUGUUGCAGAGACUGACAAAUCUAGAAACAAUAUUUUGUAUAAAUAUGGAACACAUGAAAUAUGUGUUUGGAUCUGAAGGGCUUGAGCCUGGAAUGAUUCUCUUGACAAAAUUGAGCGAGAUGAGAUUGUGCGCUCUCUUCAGACUAAUAAGCAUCUGGAAUGGUCCUGCUCCAAAUGCAGUGUUUUAUAAUCUUAAAGUUUUGGCAGUUUGCAAGUGUACAAAACUGAAAAGUCUGUUCCCAUUCGAUGUGGCUCGAUCUCUUGUGCAAUUGGAAGACCUCUCUGUAGAGCAUUGCCCUAGCUUGGGCAGAGUUAUUGAAGCAAGCAACAGCUUGAACACAUCCAUUGGUUUUCUAGCAUUGAAGAAAUUAGUUUUAAUAAAUCUUCCAGAGCUUACAGGGUUCUGCACCGAAGAUGGUACUGUUGAUACCGAGUGCCCUUCGUUGGAAUACCUGUAUCUGGAUAAGUGCCCCCAGUUUAUAAACUCUGCUUCUGCUUCUGUUAAACUCAACGAUCAACAACAUUUGAAUUCUCUAGUGAAAAGAUGGGAGGAUAUGUAUAACCUAUAAGAGAGCUGAUGCAGGGAAAGGCAAAAGAAAGAGAUUCUCAACGGGUUGGCUGAGGCUGCAAAUCCAAUUGAUACACUAGAAGCUUUGCUGGAUCGUGACUUCCAAAACAGCCAAAGGGGUUGUAACAGCCAUUCUUGGAACCUUUGAGAGUGAAGAGAUCAGUUGUAAUGCUUGAUCAGGAUGAUAUUUGAUUCUUGCCACGGGUGUUGCAUGCCUGCUUUACAAAAGUUAUCCCUAGGAGCACAAGUUGAUACACUCAUCAAGAAAUAAAAACUGGCAUUGGAUAGCAGCUACAGGGGGGCAAUGUUUUUGGUCAAUUAAUUGCUCCUGACUCAGUACUAGAAUGUGCUUUGGAAAAGUCUCAUCACAUCCGAGGCAGCUCAAGGCCUUCUGCAAUUGGAAGACAUAUGGGUAGAAGAUUGUUGUAGCUUCGACCGCCUUGACAGCCUUAAUGAACCAAGGGAGGAUGUGAAGAACAAGAUCAUUGUUUUUCCAGAACUGAAGAACUGGCUUCUGUAUGCUCUUCCACAGCUUACAGGUGUGUUCAACAGUGUAAUGCUACUAUUCAUAUCGAGUGCCCUUAUCUGGAACACUUGCAUCUGGAUAACUGCUCUCAGUUUUCGACCUCUGACUUUAAUCUUUGAAACCAAGUCCAUCAAAAUUAAUGUUACAUGUUAUAUAUUUCUACAGAGCAGCUAUGUAUCUAAAUAUCUUUAUCAAAAUGAUACAUGAAUAAGAAACUGUUGGGAUAGUAUGUUUGUGUAUUAGAUGUUUAUAAUUCACUUGAUUCUCAACUCUUAUUUCACCUGAUAUAGACUUACUAUAGAUGAUGAAGCAAUACAGAAAUAAAUUGAUUACUACAUUUCGAUUA